GUACAGAUUUAUCAGAUAGGACAAGAUCUGAACAAGCGAAUUAUCUUCUAAAGAUCUUGAUAAGAUCUUACCUACCAAUCCCAAGAUUUCAAGAUCUUACUUACAAGAUGUUUCACUAGGGUGUUUAGUAGGAGAAACUAAUGAACCAAUGAGCUAUUUAGUUCUAGAUUAAGCGGUAACAUAGGGUAAUGUUACUUUUGUUAUCAUGUUACUUCUCUAUUUUAGGCGAAAAUAUUACAACAAUGGAUCAUCUACGCACUUUAACAAAAGAAGAUUGGGAAAAAUUAAGUAAAAUAGGUCAUGUUGUUAAACAACUGAUACGGGAUUAUAUGCAAAUUAACACUGCUAUCAGGUCGUUUGAUCAAACUAAAAACCCGUAUGAAGAAUCGACAGCAGCUUUAAUUGGUGAUAUUCAUCGUGUUCGUCGAUAUUUUUACUAUUCAAUAAAAAAACUGCAUCUUGUCCCUCAUUUAUCACCUGAAGCAGUUGAUUUAGCUAUAAAAGAAGUCAGGAAGACUUACGAUGAUGACGGCAAUAUAUUAAUUAAUAUUCAUAAUUAUUUACGAACAUUUUGCUUGGAGAACAAAGUUGAAGAUAAAAAAUCGUACGAAGUAAAAGUAAAAGACUGGGCUGAUGAAGUUGAAAGGUUAAAGAAAAGACAAAAGGAACUAGUAUUGCAAAUAGAUAUUGGUAACGAAAGACGUACCAAGGCACGAAGAAAUCUCGAAGUAUCAAAAGAACGUCGAGAUAAAAUAUAUGAAUACAAUCAAAAGGAAUACGAUAAAGAAAAUAUACUGUAUACGACUUUGGUUACAGAGUCCAAUAGGAACAAAAAUCGAAUAGAAGCUUUAGAAAAAAUGAUGGAAUUUAAAUUAGAUGAUCAGCAAAAGAAGUUAACAGUAAAAUAUGGACGUGGUUUGCUACUAUAUGGCCCACCAGGAACUGGUAAAUCUGAAUUACUCAAACGAGUCGCAAUCUAUGCUGGAAUAACCAUGACUACACAACCAUUAUCUGCUGGUGAACUUAAUCGACCGUAUGUUGGUGAAACUGAAAAGCUUCUUGUUGAUAUUAUGUAUCGAGCAAAUAGCAUUCCAUUCUUGAUAUGUGCAAUGACUAUUGAUGAAAUAGAUGGUCUUGUACCCAAACGUAACAAUAAUGCGCAACAAUCCAAAGUCGAUGGAAUUAGUGUUCUGCUUUCACAUAUUGAAGGUGUUAAAAAUAUUCCAAAUUUAAUCGUUUUUGGUGCUACCAAUCGACGUAAUAUGAUGGAUGAAGCAUUCCUUCGACGAAUGCAAGCAAAAGUAUUUGUUGGGCGUCCUUCACCUGCUAUUAGAAGUAAUAUGUUACUACCAUUAGUGUGCAAAAAUUCACAAGUUUUUACACCAACACGUAUACAAUCAUUAGUUAAAAUUACAACAAAUUUUAGUGGUGCUGCAAUAGGUGCAUUGAAAUCCAGUCUGAUUAUCGAGUUCGAUCGAGGCCGUAUCACAGAACAUCGUCUGUUAGAAUUAGCUGAUGGUGUUGCGAGAGAAUUUAAUGUUUGGUUUGGUAUAAGUACAUUACCAGAAAUAUGUCGGAUAAAUCCAAAUAUAAUUAAUCCUGCAGAUCAAGAAGAUGAGUUCUCAUUGGAUUUUCAAAAAAUGAUACCAACAGGGCGCAUAUUAAUUGAUUAUACUGAUCGUAAAUGUCGUAUUGAGAUACAUAAUGAGCCAACGUUGGAAAAAGAUUUAAAUAAAACUGAAACUUCUAUGCCACAUUUAUUAGCACGUUUCAUAUAUGGUUGUUCAACGAGGAAUAUUGAUACAGUACAAAUUAUUGAUCUAAAUUUUUUAAUAAAACAAAAUGCUUUUGGCGAAGAUCAAAUAUUUGAAAUACUAACAACAAUAUUUCUUGAAUGUAAUGAAUAUAAUAGAUCAAUGCUUAUAUUUGAUAUUGAUUCAUUAAUAAUGUUAAACAAAUCUGAUUCAGAAAUGUCAAAAUCAAUUUCAAAUAUACGUAUCUAUCAAUUCGUACGAGAAAAAUGUAAAACGUCUAUUAUUGAAGAAACAGAGCCUGGCCAAGAGGGUAAAACAAUGAAAAUUGAAAAAUGGAUUGUUAUGGUUGUAAAAGACCCAUGGUUGAGGGAUACAUUGAUUGAGGAUAUUGAAUUCCAGAAAUCUUCCGCUCAACUUGUUGCAGAAGAAACAGAAAAAGCCACUCGUCAAGAUGAAGAAACACCGAGAAAGUGUCCAAAGUGUUUAAGAAAUUACGUACCAAAGGAAGCACGUGAUGGGAACUGUUAUUAUCAUCCUGGUUUCGUUGUCGACAUUAAUAAUCCCAAGAAACCGAUGACUGGAGAGGAAGCUCAAGAAGUUUUACAAUGUGCUAUAUUAAAGAAAUUAUCGGAAGAAGAAAUGCCCAAAUUAAUAUGGGCUUGUUGUUUACAUAUAUUUAGCGACUCAUCACACCCAUGUGAAGUAGGCAGAUGCGGUUUGCCAAAAGAACUGGAAGGUCAAAUUGACAUGAGUCAAGAUAACUAUGUUGCCUUAGUACAAGAAAAAAACAAGGAAAAUGCGAGAGCUAAGAAAAAAUUCGAAGAAUUUUUGCAAAGGUACAGACAAACAACAACAAGCAAAAGUUCAGCAGACUCAUCAGGAAAAUCAACGGCAAGCUCUAUGGCAUCGCAAUUUAGUUAUAAAUCGUCAUCAUAUUCUUCAUAG